UUGAUAUAAAAAUUUAUGAAGGUCUCAUAAGUAUUAACAUUGGAGAGUUUCCCUUGAUCUUUUAGAUGACGAGCUAGAAAGCAGUAAACUAUGGGAAAUAGCUGAUUAUUAUUUGACGUAGCUAACACCUUAUAAGAAAUUGCAUGCAAUACACAAAAUGAGUCGGUUAUUGUCCUGUUUUAAUUGGUGCUAUGAUGCUAUCAGGUUUGAGUUAGGAUAAAACGUAAUUUUUGAGGAGAAUAAUUUAUGUUAUGUUAAGAUUUCAGUAAACCCCAAUUUUUAUGUUGAUUUUUUGGGGAAAUGAUUGUUUUAAUUUUUAAAAAAGGAAACUCUAACUAUUCGAGAUUAUAUAUUAAUACACCCAUAAAAGUAAAAAAAGGAUACAACAUCUCACAAAGGAAUAGGGUCCAAGUAAUUGCAAGCGACACAUAAAAGCACGUUGGUCCGACAAUGUAGCUUAGAACACUGAACAAAACUUUAUUUCGCUUUGAUAAUUUCUAAACAGAACCAACCAAGAUUCGAACCAAACCGGACAAAAAGAACCUCCUACAUGAAGCUGCUUUACCAGUCACCCUAUAAAUACAUCCGCUAAACCCAUCUCUUUACAUACACAAACACAUCAAACUUAAACAAAUUUAACGUUCUAUUUUCUUGGAUCUUGGCGUGUUCUUGUACCGUCUAAUGGGAGGCAGCAGCAGAAAGAAGUUCUCGCUCUUCAGCUUCUUUAAAUCACGAAGGUCGUCUCACAGAGUUGAAGCAGACGCAUGGGACGAUGGCGUAUACACAAGAAAGGCAUGGGCCAGCGACGAGGACAAGCGAUAUUGGGUGGCUGAGCCAGGUAUUGACCGUAAAGCUUCUGCCUUCAUCGCCAAGUUCCAUGCCUCUCGUGUCUCUGAGUCUGAGUGCCAAACUCUCCCUCCUUGCCAGUCUCAUCAUAACUAGCCAUCAUCAUAAUCAUGAUGACGAUGAUGAUGAUGAUGAAUGAAAGAAUGCCAAUAGCUUACUUAGUUUGGUUCUAUGUAUAUUCCCUUUUCUUUUAUGUUCAUGAUGCUGUCCUUAUGAUGAUUUGUUUAUAAAAUGCCUUACAUCUAGUUUAAAGCCAUUUCUCUACAGUUAAUAGUUUAAUUGGACUUGACAAGUUCAGAACAUGCAAAUUUUCAGUGUAUAUAUGAUCCAUAUAAAUAUGUCACUACAAGAAAACAGGGGGAUUCUAAUGGCCGAAAUCGUCGGAAAUUCGUCGGAAAAGUUCUAUUCCGACGAAUUUCUGACGAAAGCGUUCGUCGGUAUCAACUAUACUCUCUAACAAAAAUGUUCCUAUAUAAAUGACAUAUGAUCAAGAACAACAUAUCAAGACGCACACAGUACUAAGAUAUUUACAUUGAUAUGAUUCAGGUCUAGCUAGUGAAAAUUAAGAUCUUACACUAUUGUUUCAUGUGUAUAUCGAUCUCUAGGAAGGACUUGCACAAAUAACAACCUCACAAUCACAAUAUACCUUUUUGGUUUGUUAAAAAAGUUUAACUACUAUGUUUAAGCAACGAUCGCAAAGUUGCCAAAAAAAAGCAACGAUCACAAAAUGGCAAAACCAAAGUCCUUAGUCUAAUAAAAUCUGAAGAGCGGCUAAUGAUAUUCGUAGCAAAUAUGUAACCUUUUUGUAAAUUGAUUAACUUUGAUACAUUUUAAUAUAGCUACCAACUAACAAGAACGAAAGGAUCGUAUAUUAAGAUUAGUUAAGCAAGAACAAAGAUUUGAAGCCAGCUGUAGAAUCUAGAACAAUAUGUCGAUGGUAUUAGAGCAGCUCCAAUAGUGAGUAUUAGGAGGAAUUCUAAGUAUUUUAGAAGAAAAAAAACAAAAUAAUGAAAUUGAAAGAGUAAAAAACCAAAAAUUCGUAUUUUUUUACUUUUUAAGAACUCAUAAUUUAAUCAAAAGACACAUGUCAUCAUAUGAGAGGAAAUUAAUAUUUUUUAUUGAUUUAUAAGAACUAAAACAUGAUUACUAAUAUGUUUUUAAAGAAAUUUGUAUGGUUUCUAACUGUUGGAGUUGUUCUUAGUAUCCCGCCCACAUAUAUUGUAGUUGUACACGAAGGUACAUUUAUUCCUUGCUUUUCUCUAUUUGUCCUCAACUUCUUUUGCCUAUUAUAUUUUUUUCACAUCCUUUUUGUUUUCAAGUUUUUAUUUAUUUUGAUACUAUCACAUAAUAUUCUUACACUAAUAUUAUUAAACCGAAUGCAAAAAAAGUAAAGAUUAAUUACCCAAUCUGUUGAUUAUAUCAA